UGUUAUUGUGUGAUGUAGCUAACUGCUCAGCUUCAUGUCUUUUUCUCAGAGCAGCAACUGGCUCAAAAACUAAAAUAAUAGUUUAUUGUUCUAAAUUACAGGAACUCGGUUAGAACCAAAGAGCACAAAAUAAUGAGAAGAGUUACCCUGUUUGUUAACGGGACGUCUAAAAAUGGCAAGGUUGUAGCAGUUUACGGGACCUUGUCUGACUUGCUGUCAGUAGCGAGCAAUAAGCUGGGGAUCAAAGCCUCCUGUUUGUACAAUGGGAAGGGUGGCCUCAUAGAUGACAUAGCCCUGAUCCGAGAUGAUGACUUACUGUACGUGUCGGAAGGAGAUCCGUUUAUUGACCCACAGAAUGAAGUCCACUUUCCAUCUGAUCAGCCUGGAGCCCACACUGACUGGCUCACACUGAACAUCGGUGGCCGCCUCUUUACCACCACAAGGAGUACUUUGGUCAGCAAGGAGCCGGAGAGCAUGCUCGCUCACAUGUUCCGUGAGAAAGAUGUUUGGGGGAACAAACAGGACAAACACGGGGCUUACCUGAUCGACCGCAGCCCUGAGUACUUCGAGCCCAUUCUCAACUACUUGAGACACGGUCAGCUCAUCGUCAAUGAAGGAAUAAAUAUGCGAGGGGUCCUGGAGGAGGCGCGCUUCUUUGGAAUCGAGCAGCUGGCUGAACAGCUGGAAGCAGCAAUCAAGGUAUCAUCAAAUACCAAUAAAAUAAUCCCCCCCCCUUUGCUUUCGUCAUUUUCUCCUCUCACAAGUUUUCCUUUUUUAUCAUUAAAACAGAACUCCCAGCCCCCCGAGGACCACUCACCCAUUUCCAGAAAAGAGUUUGUCCGUUUUCUUUUGGCGACUUCUACCAAGUCGGAGCUCCGCUGCCAGGGUCUUAACUUCAGCGGUGCUGAUUUGUCCCGACUUGAUCUACGUUACAUCAAUUUCAAGAUGGCUAACCUCAGCCGCUGCAAUUUGACGCAUGCUAAUCUGUGCUGCUCCAAUCUGGAGCGGGCUGACCUUUCCGGAGCCAACCUGGACGGUGCUAAUUUACAAGGAGUCAAGAUGCUCUGCUGCAACGCUGAGGGAGCAUCUCUAAAAGGAUGCAACUUUGAGGAUCCAUCCGGACUGAAGGCCAACCUCGAAGGUGCAAACCUGAAAGGAGUUGACAUGGAAGGAAGCCAGAUGACGGGCAUCAACCUGCGUGUGGCCACUCUGAAAAACGCAAAGCUGAAGAACUGCAACCUGCGGGGGGCCACUUUAGCGGGGACAGAUCUGGAGAACUGCGACCUGUCCGGCUGCGAUUUACAAGAAGCCAACCUGAGGGGCUCCAACGUGAAGGGCGCCAUUUUCGAAGAGAUGCUGACCCCGCUGCACAUGUCUCAGAGUGUCAGAUAACUCGGCUCUCCUCUCUCAUGAUCUUCAGCGUGUCACUCAGAGCGUUCCUCCUCACCGUAUCCACGGUUACCGUUCCCCUCCUUAAAGGCGACGGCGCGUGCGGCCCCUGGCAUUCCGACAAUAUUAUUUCAGCUUUAAUUAUCUUGCACUAGAACAUUACCAGGGUCGACAGUGUAUGUUUUUAUACACAUCCAGCUGCAUUUAUCACCAAAACUAAAGUAAUCUUCCUCAUCCGUGUGGCGUCUGGAUGUAGUCCAGGGAUUCUGCUUGUUAAAUGUGUCAUGUAAUUUUGUAUUUAUUUUAUUUUACUUGACAUGUUGAUAGUUCAAAUCAGAUGACAUGUGACGGGGUUACUCUACUAUACUCUGUCCGUAUAUAAAGGAUUUCUGCUUAAGGGUGGAACUGAGCAUUUCUGGAUUUAACAAGCAAUGCAAGCCAAAGCCAUACAGCACCGCAGCACAGGCUGAAAGGCUACAGCUGCUUAAAGUGCUCCACAAAACUAUGCUACAGCUUGAUUAUGCAAUGUCCGAUGUAGAGCUGUAAGGUUUCCUUGUUGCUUCUGUUUGUUUAGUGCUCUGUGAAUCUACCUCCUCUAUGGUUUAAGCGAUCCACCGUCUUAUGCAUGUUAAUGUUGCAUGGCUUGUUGAGUGGUUAACGUGUGUUUGGAACCGUGCUCCACGUGCUCCCAUCAUCUGAUCAGGCUUCGAACCUGUUUGCACACGUCCAUUUUAAUGUUACCCGGCAUAUCUUUUCACCGAAAUGUGUUGGUGCUUUUUCUUAUGUACAGUGAUGUUAAUGUAAAACAAAUCCAGUGCUUCCAAAGCUUUGAGUGUCGCUCGAUGUCGUACUCCAUUUCAAAAUCUCUUCCCCCUUUGUUUCCAGGUAGGUAUGGAGGGAAUAUUGUUCCAUCAUUGUAGCAUAAGCAAAAAACAUGUUUUGUAAUUUCAAAUUUGGGGUUCAAUCCAGAAAUCAAACUUUGAAAAACUUUUUGUUUGCAAAUUUUUCUAUUUUUUUUUUUUUAAAUGUGUUUGCAGAUUGAAUUUUACGAAUUACAUUCUUUUCAAAUCGAGUUUCACAAAUCACAUCCUUACAUAAUUUACAUUUCAUUUUUGUUGACUUUUUAUUUUAUUUUUUUUUUACAAAUUUUCUAUUUUCAAAUUUUCUUUUUGAAAUUUCUGUUUUUCAGAUUGAGUUUUAAGAACUGCAUCUUUGCAUUCUCGUCACAUUUUCUCCACAUUAAACCCAAUACAAAUGCUCACUCCUGACACGCACAUUGACCAAUAAAGAUGUUAACAUCCACACCGACCAAUAGAAAUGAGUCUUCACUCCUCACUCCAGAGCAAAGACCGCCACUAUAGCAGAGAAUGUGAUCGGUAAAGCUCAAUUUAAGAAAAAAAAA